CCUGCUCCGUCGACUCUGCACGCCUUAUCACCACACAACCCCAUACACACACAGCUCCUCGGAUUACUAUUACGAUCGAGGAAGAGGAACAGGAGGAAGCUCGAGUCGAGCGGUUUGUGUAUCUGAGUACUAUGGCCCUGGGAAACGACUCUCCGGCCUCCUACAUCCGCAUGGUGCACCAUCUGAUUGAGAAGUGCAUGACGUUCGGGAUGAGCAUGGAGGAGUGCAUGGAGGCGCUGUCCAAGCGCGCCGACGUUCAGCCGGUCGUCACCUCCACAGUGUGGAAAGAGUUGGAGAAGGAAAACAAGGAGUUCUUCGACAGGUACAACAAGCAGUUGAGAUCAGAAAGGGAAGGCCGGAGCAGCAGCGGCAGCAGCAGCAAUAGCAGCUCCUAAUGAUGUACAGGAGUUGCGUGCUGCUUAGAUGUUAGCCAUUCUGCACUUGGUAGAACGAAUAAUUAGAAGAUCGAUGGGGCGGGAGGUCAGCUAACGCCGCACGAUCUAUGUGUGGUGGUUGCAUGUACAGGGUCAGGUUGGCAGGAAACCUAAGCCAACUCGUACUGUUGCGGUAUUCUUCAGAUGUAAUUGUACUCAUCAUGUAUCAAUCUCCCACGGCUCUCGGUUCAGAGAUUUCA